AAAAUCAAAUCCUGCUGGGUUAAGGAGAGGCUGUAAUCCUGUUAAAAAACCAAAUUCAACUCGUAGAUUUUAAAGAUCACAUUGGUUUUUUCCAACGAGUGUUUUCCCACGAAUGUUUAUUCAUGAAUCGGGCAGCUGGAAGGAGCCUGGAGGAGCAGUAGGAAAUGAAAGGCUCUCGCAGGCAGAAGGGAGCGGGAACAAGGAAGUUAUGUUAGCAGAAAGUGCAUUAUUUGUGGCAAGGUCAGGUCCAUCAGGCGGAUGACCUCGCUACUGCUGGCCAGGUAAUUCCUGAUUGACUGGUUUCAGAUUGCAUUCCUGGGAGAGGCAGAAACUGCAGUCGUCUCAGUUUGGUGGCGUGUGGCUUAGCAUAAGUGACUCCAUUUCUGCAUCUGAGCGCUCGUUCCGACGGGCGGGGGUCGGGCCUGCGGGGCGCGCGGAGGCCGAGAGCGUCUGGGAAGGAGGGGGCGAUGGUGCGCAGGGGUCAGGCGGUGGAGACGAAGCAUCCGAGCUCAGUGAGCACACUUUCCUUCCGGAGAGGGACCGCAGGGGCGGGAGGAGGGACGCGCCCGGGGCAGGGGCUCCGCGGGAGGGGGCGCUGUGGCCGGAGGACCCGCAGGAGCUGGGCGGCGUUUGUCUGGAGCGGACGGAGCGGGAGGCCGGGUGUGGUGCUGAUGGCAGGUCCCCGAGCGCAGCCCGUCCUCGGAGGGGCCGUCUGCGGGCCCGGGCUGCGGGCGGCCCAGGGCGGCGUCUGCGGAGGAGAGGCUGAAGCAGCGUGGCCGACACGCAGUUUGUUCUGCUCGUCGGUGGGGACGAGCGGAUCGAUUAAUCCUUGAACAGACACAGAAUGCAGAUUUAGAGGGCUCCCUCUGGCUGUGUCAUAGUUACAACUUGUCUGUGUGUCUUAGAUGGGGGGUUCCAUUCACCUUUGAUGGAUGUUUUCCGAUGUCUCAGGGAGGAUUCAGCGUUGCCACCUGACCCCUUGGGCUCCGCCUCUGUGACCCUCCAGCACCCACAGUUUCUCCCGUUCCUGCCUCAGCUCCAGCAGCGGUGAAGGGACUGGACCCGUUUUCCCUCCUUUCUUCCUUGUCAUGUGGGCGUCAGGGGUCAGGUCUCUGCCUUGUUCUGCUGACUUGUGUUGUUCUGAGACUGAACCAGAGACACCGCUGGGGACAGUGUGUCCGUGCAGAGCGCGUCCUCUCUUCCAGGAGAACUGCGGGGACAGUGCAUGCGUUCCUCUCCUUCCUGUGGGCGGUGGAGUCACGGGGUAAAGAGGUUCAUGAAAAUCGUAGAGAAACUGCCAUGCAGGGGGCAGUUUGUGACACUGUGAUCCUGUCCCACUUCCUGUUAAUAGCUGGUCGUCAGAGGUUAAUGCAGAUUCUGUGACAUGUGAUCUGUGACCAAGACGUGUCGAGUGCUGAUUCCUUAACUUAGUUUGUCGUCAUGAGGACGAUAGUGACCUCGUGUCUGUUCUCUGAGAGGGAUGAGCAGUGACCAGUUACUUAAACCAUAAAGUGCCCCGGAGUUUCCCUCCCCUGCUUUGUGCUUGACGCAGGGGAGCAGUGACUCUGCGGUUCCCGUUCACACUGUCGACGAAAAUAUUUUCAUCUAUAAAUGAAAAUUUGGGACUCGCUGGUCUUUGAGGACGUGGCUGUGAACUUCACCCCGGAGGAGUGGGCUCUGCUGGAUGGUGCUCAGAGGAAGCUCUACAGAGACGUGAUGCUGGAGACCUGCAGGAACCUGGCCUCCGUGGAUUGUUGCACUCAAGAAAGAACAGGUGGAUCAAUUUCUCAGUGGGACAUUUUGGAGAAUGAACUAUUCAGUGAAGAGAAAAUAGUAAGAUUCACAAGAAAUGAUUCCUGGUCUGUUUUUGGAGAAAACUGUAAAUUUCAAAGCAUUGGAGAUCAGCACCCAGCCCAGGAGAGGCGUGUGAGGAGCCAUUGGGUGGAGAGUCUCCAUGGAAGUAAUGAAGGUGAUGGCUGUGGAGAAACCCUGAACCAGAUUACAGACCUUCCUGUGCCUGAGAGGUGUCCGACUGGAGUUAAACCCGGUGAAUGCACGAAGUGUGGAAAAGCCCUCACGGAUUGUUCUCUCCUUAAGAAGCGGCAACGAUCUCACACUGGACACAAACAUUAUCCAUGUGAGGAAUGUGGGCAGGCCUGCAGUUGUGUCUCAUGCCUUAGCACUCAUAUGGAAACAUACUUUGUAGAGAAACCCUAUAAAUGUCAGGAUACCGGGAGAGCAUCUAAGAGAUUCAUGAAGAGUCUGGGUAGUAACAAGUCUUUCGAGUGUAAGAAAUGUGGAAAAACUUUCACUUGCCCCUCCUCCUUUCAGGGACAUCUGAGAGUUCACUCUAGAAAGAAAAUCCACACAUGUAAAGUGUGUGGGAAAUCCUUUAUGUAUGACUCCUACCUGACACGACACUUGAGAACCCACACUGGAGAGAAACCCUAUGCAUGUCAGGAGUGUGGGAAGGCCUUCAGUUACCCCGCAUCCCUGCAAGGACACAUGAGGAUGCACAGUGGAGAGAGACCUUAUGUGUGUAAGGAAUGUGGGAAAGCCUUCGGUUGUGCCAAAUACUUUACUGUGCACAUGAAAACGCACAGUGGAGUGAAACCCUAUGAAUGUACGGAAUGUGGGAAAGCCUAUAGCUGUUCCUCCUCCCUCCGAGAACAUGUGCGAAUGCACAGUGAAGAGAAACCCUAUGAAUGUAAGGAGUGUGGGAAAGCCUUCAGGCAUCCUCGAUAUUUUCAGAGACAUGUGCGAAUGCACAGCGGAGUGAAACGUCACGAGUGUAAGGAAUGUGGGAAAGCUUACAGUUGCUCCUCGUCCCUUCGAGAACAUUCAAGAACCCACACUGGGGAGAGGCCCUUUGAGUGUCAGCAGUGUGGGAAAGCCUUCACUCGUCACUCCUCCCUUCGAGGACACGUGAGAACGCACAGUGGGGAGAGAGCCUAUGAAUGUUCACACUGUGGGAAAGCCUUCCGUUGGCCCUCGUCCUUACAGAAACAUGUGAGAACACACAAUGAGGAGAAGCCCUAUGCGUGCCAGCAGUGUGGCAGAGCCUUUUGGUACCCAGCAAACCUGCGAGCACACAUGAGAACGCACACCAGGGGGAAGCCCUAUGAGUGUCAGCACUGUGGGAAAACCUUCAGGCACCCUGCAAACCUGCGAGUGCAUGUGAGAACACACACUGGGGCGAGACCGUGAAGAUAAAGACUAUGGGAAAGCCUUCAUUCUCCCUUAAAGCCUUGUUGUAAAUGCCAGCAAACCCACUGGAGAGAGAUGAAUGGAAAGAUCGUUGGGAAACCUUCCACUGCAGCACCUCACUCAUUUUGUACUGGAAAACUCGGGGCAGGACAGAAGUCUUUCAAUUGUUAAAAAUAUUUUUUUUCUUUGUAAGGUCUCAUCUUUAAUAGGAUUCCCACUGUAUUGAUUUCUAGUUCAUGUUGCUGAUAUAAAAUACUGAAUAAUAUUCCUUUAGGACCCCAUCAUCUGUAUUUUGUUAUCUCAGACUUUAAAUAUCUGUAUAGUUCUAUAAAAAUUGUCUCAUUUCCAUUACCAUGUGUUUUGGACCCAAGGGUGCUAAGUGGUUGUGGUUUUUUGUUUUUUAUUCAUGUGUAACUUGAUAGAAUGUUAGAGAAAAUUAUGUGAUCAUGGUAUGAGACCUGUAUUGCUGAAAUUUCUUUUCUGGUCCAGUGCUGCACAUACCAGAAUUUUCUGACUCGAUAUCUAGCCUCCCUCAGUCUUUAUUAUUGAAAGAUGUAUCUUCCACAUUUGUUUAUUGCUGAUGGAUACCACCUCUGUGUUCCUCACAGGAACUAGCAAUUGUGGAAAUAUGUGAGGAGAGUCCCACCUGAUGAUGUUCAUAAUUUGACCUGUGGUCAGUGUCCUCUAUCUUGGUUGGAAAUUGUCAUGAUGCUUUGAGUUCAGAAGAGAGAGUUGUGGCAUGAAGAUGGAUCUGGAGUCCAGAUGCUUCUACUGAACUGUGCUGUCACUUUGGGGAAGGUGGGAAACCGUGUAUCCCAGAGUCCUUCUGUUUGUGGCUCUGAGUUAAAGUGCCCGAGCAGAGGAAGACACAUGAGGUUUGGAAAGCGGAAGUGGAGAAGCCAUGAUUCUCAGUUCUCCUGUCCCAUCAGGAGACAGAGGUGCCUGGGAACCUAGGGGCCUGUGUCACAGCACACUUUUCUGACUUCUGGCUCUGCCCAUCUGGAACAGCCCCAACCAAACACCAUGUUUGACGUUGGUUCCCUCUUAGACAGCAGGUUCCACAGACUUUCCCACAAGCUCCCCCAUGGUGGACUCUCUGGUUUGCUGGUUCACAUGGUUCCUUGCAUUUUCCUUCAGCCCUUUGGUGACUAUCAGGCCACUUGUUCAUGCUGUCACACAGUGACCUUCUCUCACCCUUGACCCCCUCCAUCUCCAAUGCUUCUCCUAAUGACAUGAAUUCUGUAGGGAGUAUCUUGUUCUCUACUAGUGGAUCUGUUUCCUGCCUCCACCCUCACAGAUUUAAUGCUGCAGCCACAAAUGCAGGAAACUUCCUUCCCAGGUUGCAUUGUUGAGAGGCUGCAAUAAUCCUGCAUUUCUUGUUUCUGGAUAUUUCCCUGAUUAAAAGCAGCAGUUGUGAAUGUAUCUGGCACUUUAUGAGAGUUUUCUCUUACAGCUGAGUACUCUCUAAAUGAUAAAACCAGUAUGUUUAGUUACUUUCUACUUUUAUAUGUGAUUACCCAGUGUUGUUUCAUUUUUUUGUGUCAUUCAAAACAAUGUACAUUUUUUGGUCAAAUAUAGUUCUCUAGAUUUUUUCUUGGGAAGCACACAUUACUUUGUUUUUCAAAUCUCUUGUAUAGUUACAAGUGUUACGAUGUUUUAUGUUCCAUUAACUGAGAGUAUAUGUUAAAAUAUCCCAUUCUAGAGGAUUAAUUUAUUCUUGUAAUUGUGUCAAUUUUUCUAUUUAUAUUUUGGGAUAAUAUUAACAAUGUAUAUACCUUUUCACA